GUGAACGGCAGCCGAAAAGGAAAGACUCCAGGACAGCCCUCAGCCAGUCUGUCACGGAACCAACGCUCCAUCCUGGACAACCGGGUGGACACUUUCCACCCGCUACCCCACGGUGCUGACCACCACUUCUCGUCUGUUCAGCAAUCGGACUCGUACUACCCGCCUUCUCUGCACAGAGAUCGCCACGCCUACCCCCCGUCCCACCACACGAGUCCACACGCCUACCAGCCAUCUUAUGGAGGCCCCGCCCCUAUUGCUUCAACUGGCCCCGCCCAUCCUCUAAAUUCUGAGAGCUUAUUGGCGGCUUUGUUAUCUAGCGACAACAGCGAGCUCACGUCAGACGCUGAGCACAGUCCAGACCCAUGGGCCUCAGAUUUCCUGUCUGGGAACGAUCUCUCUUCCCCAUUAGAUCAACGUGUGCCGUUUGACCUUACCUCUGACUUUUUCGGGUCAAAGAAUGGGCGUGAACUCGAGCUUGACUUGCCUGAUAUCGGUGCUCACAACAGCCGUGCACGGGCCAGCGAGUCGCAUAAUAGUUUAGACAGGAGCUCGUCUUCCCACGCAGACAGUUUAAGCCCCGCCCACGUAGACUCUAGCCCCGCCUCCUCAGGGGAGGACGCGGCCUUCCAGCCUCUCGAUCCGUUCUUUUUGUCCCAACUCCUGGAGGAGGAAGAAGAAGGGGAUGCUGGGAACAUGGCGGCGACAGAUGAUCUGGAUUUUCUGGCUGGAGAGAGCGGUGCCCUCGCCCAGUGUCUCGACCACUCGUCUGUUCGCCGCCGUCGCUCGUGAGUCACUCGUGAGUCUCCCGGGCAGACGAGACCCCCAGGGUUGCGCGCCACACACGGUGCUGACGACCCACAGUGCUCGGAGGAAUAAACAUGGCCGAACAGAACGA